AUGGCGAAAAAUUUUUCGGCUUCACAAUUAAAAAAAAUAUUAGACAUUCAUGAGAACACAAUGAUGAAAAUAUUUAAUGAAAAAUUUGAAAGAUUGGAAAAACAGAUUGAUAAGUUGAAUGAAGACAAUAAAAUUCUUAAAACUGAAGUAAGCGAAUUGAAAAAAGCUGUCGAAUUUAUUAGCGAAAAAUACGACAAAAUAAUAAUUGAACAAGAAGGAUUGAAGGCUGAUUGCGCAAAACCAGAUAGAAACCUAGAAAAGAGUUUAACCAUUAAUUUGAGAGACAAAUUGGCUGAGAUUGAAGACCGAAGUAGGAGAAACAAUUUAAGGAUAUCCGGUAUAGAAGAAUCAGUUGAUGAAAGUUGGGACGAUUGUGAAAGUAAAGUUCGUGAAUUAAUAAAAAAAAAACUUGAUCUUCAAGGUGAAUUCAUUAUUGAACGAGCUCAUAGAGUUGGAAAAAAUGAUAAAGAUAAUACAAUUAAAAAAUGCAGAACUAUCGUGGUCAAAUUUUUAAAUUUUAAGGACAAAUCAACAGUGCUUGGUAAAUAUAUAAAGACGAAACUUUGGAAUCAAAGAAUAUAUGUGAACAAAGAUUUCAGCGAAAGGACAACCGAAUUGCGAAAGAAAUUGUUUACGGCUGCAAAAGAUUUACGAAUAAAAGGUUUCAAUAUAAUUUCUUUGGAUAGAAAAAAUGGAAAGCGAGGCGGAGGUUUAAUAGUUUAUAUUAGAGAAUAUUUGCAGUAUAUUAUCAGGCCUGACAUGAGCAAUUCUGAUGACAAUAAUGAGAUGAAGUUUGAGUUUUGGUAUGUGGAAGUAGCAUAUACUGAACAAGAUGAUCAGAUAUUGAAGCGGUAA